AUGUUCAUAUCUGAUUGCAAAACAAAAUUAAUUUUAGCUGUUGAAGACGCCAAAGCCGAAGAAAUGAAUUUAAAUAUUAAUUUGAAACAAGAGAUUUACAAUUCUGAUGAUUCAAUAUUGCUUAAGAGAUUUGAUCUAUUAGCAGCUCGCACAUAUCAAUCCGGAACUAAUGACUCUAAGGAGCAUUUAAAUUUUCUCAAUGUUGUUCUCGAUUUUAUCAAUACAAACAAACAUAAAGAGUUGUACAAUUAUGCAAAUUCUUUAAAACAAAAUUAUUCCGUACAACAAGAUCAAAAAAUAGAACAAGAACUAUUUGUAGAUCUACCUGAUGAUAUACAGCGAGAACCAGCAGUAGAACAAGCAAAACUCGAUUAUACACAAGAAGAAAUUGAAAGACAAGAUCAAGUGGAAUUUAAUUAA